CACCAAGUGGCUCAGAAAUUGUUUGCAGGGAUGUGGCUGUUCGCAGACCUCAGUCCUCAGUGAGGUGGUGCAGCUUUUCUAUCACACACACACACACGCACACACAUCUCUGAUGAUGAGGAGCAGGUGAAGAAACCAACAUCACCUGUUUGGGAAAUAUUGAACUACAGAGCACAAUAUAAAAGAAGAAGAAGAAGAAGAAGGAGGAGAAGGAGGAGGAGCAGUCUUUGGAAAGCUGGGGUCUCGCUGUGUCUACCCACCCCUGCUUUCCCCCCUCAUAUGCGCACACACACACACACACUCUCACACACACAGGCAGACACAGCCUCCCCUGCCUCUCUUUUCUUCCCUCCCUGUCUGUCUCCUGCACUCUCCGAUGCUGGUGUGGUGAACAGCAGGACACUCUCUGCUAAGCUGCAUGGAGGCACAGGGAGGGGCAGGGAGCCCAGAGCCCAAUAAAGACAUCCAGAAGCUGCUGAAGCCCUCCAGCUCAGCCGACCUAUCCAAGGACUUGUUCCAGCACGCAGCAGGGGAGGAGGAGGGCAGCCUGUCGGGGCACACUGCGAGCCUGCUGCACAUCACUGAGAAGAGACAACCACUGAGUAGUGUAUCUUCAUUAGAGGUGCACUUUGACCUCCUGGACCUGACUGAGCUGACUGACAUGUCUGACCAGGAACUGGCUGAAGUGUUUGCUGACUCUGAUGAGGAAAACCACAACGAGUUCCCAACAGGUUCCCAACAGCCAGUGCUGCCCAGAGGUGGGUACAUGCGCUCCCCCUCAUGGACGCGCUGCAGCAAAGUCGAGCCCCCACGAGAGAGAAAACACCACAGCGACUCUGACACCGUGGAGCCCUUGAUGAAGCUGGAGCGGCCCAAGCAGCCAUGACGAGGACAUCUGUGGUGAACCAGCCGGACCGCAGAGAGAGAAAAGCCCGAGCCAGAAAGACGCAGCCAGAGGGGGAACACAAAGUGGACCGAGAGGCCCCCCCAUCUGCCACCGUGCACUCACAUAAUGUUUCAUGGUGCUGAAUAGACGAGUUCAGGUUGAACUCUGGACACUGUGCUCUGCACUUUAACUAAAGAUGUUGAGCUGUGCAAUACACACUCCCCUCUCUCCCUCUCCUCUCUCUCUCUCACACACAAACACACACGGUCAUGGUGUUGUUCAUGCAAUGGGGUUAUCGAUGCACUCUGGGCUGCCAGAAGAUUUUUCAGUUAUUGUUUUUGAAUGAUAUAACAGGGUAUGAGGUCAGCAGAGUAAUCUCCAUCCUCACAGCCUCUCAGGGUGGGAAACAGUGGCUGGAGAGUUGAGAUUGGCUCUAACAGUAGCGCCCCCGGCCCAGAGAGGCCAGAUCUUCCAUGUGACGUUCAGACGCUGGGGUUCACGUUGAAACACCAGGACAUGAGCUAAAAAACAUAUCAAUAAAGCUGUUAAAUUUCACGCUGAGGCCGUUACUUCAUGUGCUGCUUGACAAUGUGACAGGGUUUUCUGUUGCCUGUAAAUAAGGCGACUUAUACAGUGGGUUUUAGUGAGGCAAAAUUCUAUCCAUCAGACCUUCUCCAUAUCAAUAAAGAUUUUGUGUUGUUAUUUUAAAUGGAUCAAUAUAAACAUUGCACUUUUCUCACUGAAUCAUAUUUACAGUGCUCUCCAGAAUUAUUGGCAUUAGGUGCAGAUAACUAAAAAGAUAAACAGACCAAGCAGCAGCUCAGACUUUUGUUAAGAUCAAAUUCUUUCUAUUUUCCUGUUCAUUUUAGAAAAUGAUGGCUGCCAAAGUCACAGCUGCCUAACUCAAGUUGCCAAUCCAAAAAUCGUCUGGUAUUCAAAUUCCAUUGUUCCUAUGAGCUGUCAGGAACGAAGGUAUCACAUUUGCACGAAUGCCAAACAAUACAAAGUGCCAACAAUUUUGUCAUCUUUUCUCAGCUGAAUCUGACUUCAUGCAAUAAUUCUGAUCUUUCUGAGCAAAGGGAAACAGCUGAUUCCUUGAUUUAUUUAUCUCACGUGGAGCUUGUCUAAACCAGCCGUGCCAAUAAUUCUGAACGCUCUGACACAGCGGAUCAAUGGCGACACAGGGAUGGUGCUGACACAGCACAGUGGAGAUGUGAGACUACAGGGAUGAUAGAAGAAUAAAUACAAGUCUUGAAAAA